UUCUUGUUAUUCUGUCGUAGUAAUUCCGAACCAUUACUCCGUAAAUGCGAUUGUGUGAAUUUAAUGACUUGCCGCUCUUCAUAUGUAUUAAUUUUUACGUAGUUAAUUAGUUUGAUAAAAUUAUUUUUCCUCAUAAAUAUUUCUAUUAUACAUUUUUCUUGGUUGUGUACAUCUUAUUAGUGUAUUAUUUAUUGUCUACUUGCUUUGCGUAUACGUUUUCUAUUCUAGUGCCAUAGUUGAACUUUGUAGAUAACUAUUUACAGUCAACUACAACAUGCAAACUAUUAAGUGUGUGGUUGUUGGUGAUGGAGCUGUUGGUAAAACAUGUUUACUUAUUUCAUAUACAACAAACAAAUUUCCAUCAGAAUAUGUACCAACAGUUUUUGACAAUUAUGCUGUUACUGUGAUGAUCGGAGGAGAACCAUACACAUUAGGUCUAUUUGAUACAGCAGGCCAAGAAGAUUAUGAUCGCCUUAGACCAUUGAGUUAUCCACAAACAGAUGUUUUUCUUGUUUGUUUCUCAGUCGUUUCUCCUUCAUCUUUUGAAAAUGUUAAAGAAAAGUGGGUGCCAGAGAUAACCCAUCACUGUCAAAAAACUCCAUUCCUUCUUGUUGGUACACAAAUUGAUCUUAGAGAAGAUGCAACAACUGUAGAAAAGUUAGCCAAAAAUAAACAAAAGUCUAUAUCUUUUGAACAAGGAGAAAAACUAGCUAAAGAGCUUAAAGCUGUAAAAUAUGUUGAGUGUUCUGCAUUAACACAAAAAGGAUUAAAAAAUGUUUUUGAUGAAGCUAUUCUUGCAGCUCUGGAGCCUCCAGAACCAGUGAAAAAAAGAAAAUGUAUUAUACUCUAGAGCUAUGGACAAAUACAUAAAUAAAAAUAUGACAAAUAUGUCAUAAUUUUAUUAAAAUUUUUUAAAUUUAUAAAAAUAAUGAAAUGGUUUAGUAUGUAAACGCUGAUAAAAUAUUAAUUAUUUUGUUUUAACUAAUCUUAAAAAAUAUAUUAUAUGUAUGUAGUACAUAAUAUACAUAUAUAUAUUUAAAUUAUUUUUUACUUUAUAUAAAAUUUUGCAUGAGAUCCAGAUGUACAAUAAUUUUAAAUAUUGAAUAACUAAUAUCAUUUCUUUGUCAUUAAAAAUUGUCAUCCUAGUCUGUUGUUUAAAAGGCUAAUUUUUUCUGAUAUAUAAUUUUUACUUUAUAUAUACAAAUUUAUGUACAAUUUUAAUUAUAUAUUAUUUUAUUAAACACUUCAAUUUUAAAUGAAAAUACUGUUAAUAACCUAUAAUAUUAAGAUACCCAAUGAAUAGUUAUCAGGUCAAAUCCUGCCAUAUUUUUAAAAACAAUUUUAUAAAAUGAAAAUUUUAUACAUAAUUUAUUUCUAUACUUGAUUUUAAAUUGUAUGAAGGUAGAUGAAUAAACAAAAUAUAAUGAAUUUUACUUGUGAAUAUUGACUUGCGAAAUUCAUACAAUUAAAUUUAAAUUUAACAAUAUUUUUUUAAACUAAACUUUUUUAUGCCUAGUUGUAUAUUUAUUUUUUAUAUCACUGUUUCUUAGAUUAAUUACUCUUGAAAUUAUGUAAUGAUGUUAUGAUAUGAAACUAUUUAUUGUCUAGUGGCUUUUUAUACUUUGGUCAAUAUAAUGCGAUAAAUAUACAGCCAUAAAUAUGUUAUAUUACUGUUUUCAAAUGGCCAAUUUUGAUUUUUGCUAUAAACAAGCAGAACAAAAAAUUAACUGAACAUAUAUGAAAAAUUAUUUAUAAACAAAGACUUAUUUAUUGUCUACCUCCUGAAUGAUUUUUGUUAUAUAGCUGAUUACAGUUGUUAAAUUUUUUUAUAGUCAUAACUAAAUUGUACUUUAAUUUUAAUAUGAAAUUUUUAACUACCAUGUGUACCUAUUAAUAGAAACAUUGGAAUAUAUUUAUUCAACAUUGGUUAAAUAAAAAUUAAUAUGUUUAUUUUUA